UCAUGGUCAAUGAGGUACCCAUGGGUAUCUUUAACCGGGACCUGACAUGGCAGGUGAACAUCACUGGGGCUGCUGGCCAGUACCUAGACAUUCUGGUGGAGAACCAGGGCCGCAUAGGAUUCAGUACACUCAUGAACUACAACCUGAAGGGCCUGACGAAAAAUGUAACCUUGAAUGGAAGCAUUUUGGAAGACUGGGAGGUUUACCCAAUAACACUUGAGAAUAUUCGUACUCCUGCCCACUUUACCAGACAGUACAGGGCUGGUCCCAAGAAAUCAGCGUCAGGUGACCUAGAGACUCCCUCCAUCUACAUGGGUAAAAUACCAGUGCCCAACAUGGCGGUAUGCCACAAGACUCCUACCUGGACAUGAGGCCUUGGCAUAAGGGUCAAGCUUUGGUAAAUGGCUUCAAUCUGGGACGCUACUGGCCAGUUGAAGGGCCACAGGUUACACUGUACGUCCCGAAACCUGAGCUGGUGGCGCCCCCAGGGACUAACUCCCUUAUUAUGCUGGAACUGGAAAGUACUGGAUGUCAGGCAAACAGCAGCUGCACCAUCAAGUUUGUAGACAGCCCGUUUAUCAAUGAGACACCAAAGGGAUCCACCUUGUCAUCACGUGUGGUUCGGGAAAA